ACUUCCGAGAUGCAACGCGUUUGUUCGAGAUCGUGAAGAAACAUGGCGGUGGAAAUCGAGUCAGCAGAUGUUGUGAGGCUCAUUGAGCAAUACCUGAAAGAAAACAACCUCCUAAGAACUCUCUCCAUACUUCAGGAGGAGAGUGGGAUCUCACUGAACACAGUAGACUCUGUGGACAGUUUCGUGAGUGACAUCAACAGUGGUCACUGGGACACUGUCCUGCAGGCUAUACAGACACUCAAGCUGCCAGACAAUAAGCUGAUAGAGUUGUAUGAACAGAUUGUCUUGGAGCUGAUUGAGUUGCGUGAGCUGGGAGCUGCGAGGUCGCUGCUCCGUCAGACCGACCCUAUGAUCAUGUUGAAACACAACCAGCCUGACAGAUACAUCCAUCUGGAGAACAUGUUGUCCCGGUCCUACUUCGACCCCAGGGAGGCUUAUCCAGAGGGCCAAACUAAAGAAAAGCGCCGUAAUGCCAUUGCCACAGCUCUCGCCGGUGAGGUGAACGUGGUGCCACCCUCCCGUCUCCUGGCACUGCUGGGUCAGGCGCUCAAGUGGCAGCAGCACCAGGGUCUUCUGCCUCCAGGUACAACCAUUGAUGUGUUCCGAGGCAAGGCUGCAGUCAAGGAACAGGAGGAGGAGAAGUAUCCCACACAGCUCAGCAAGACAAUCAAGUUCGGUCAGAAGGCCCAUGUGGAGUGUGCAAGGUUUUCCCCCGAUGGCCAGUACCUGGUCACUGGGUCAGUGGACGGCUUUAUAGAGGUGUGGAACUUCACCACCGGCAAGAUCAGGAAGGAUCUGAGAUAUCAAGCACAGGAUAACUUCAUGAUGAUGGACGAUGCUGUGUUAUGUAUGAGCUUCAGCCGAGACUCUGAGAUGCUGGCUACAGGGGCCCAGGAUGGGAAGAUAAAGGUGAGUCAGUAUCUCUGUCAAGUACAUGGUCUGAAAUCAGGUAAAACACUCAAGGAGUUUAGAAGCCACACGUCCUUUGUUAACGAUGCAGUGUUCACACAAGAUGGCCAUCACAUCAUCAGUCCAAGUUCAGACGGUACAGUCAAAGUGUGGAAUGUCAAGUCAACCGAGUGUCAGAGCACCUUCAAGUCCCUCGGGGGUACAACCGGUACAGACAUCACCGUGCACAGCGUUCACCCACUACCCCGUAACGUGGAGCAGUUCAUCGUGUGUAACCGAUCCAACACCGUCGUCAUCAUGAACCUCCAGGGCCAGAUUGUGCGUAGUUUCUCCAGUGGUAAGCGAGAGGGGGGAGACUUCGUGUGUGCGUCGCUGUCUCCUCACGGGGAGUGGAUCUACUGUGUUGGAGAGGAUAUGGUGCUGUACUGCUUCAGUGUAUCCACCGGAAAGCUGGAGAGAACUCUCACAGUUCAUGAAAAGGAUGUGAUUGGCAUCUGUCAUCAUCCCCACCAAAACUUGAUAUCAACAUAUUCCGAGGAUGGACUUCUGAAAAUGUGGAAGCCUUGACAGAAGUGUCAAUGUGUCUGUUCUUCUGUUUUGAGAUUUCCUGGUUCAGCGACACCUUACAUGAACUGUGGCUAGCUGAUUGGACGUUACAGUGAAAUGUCCAUCUGUUGGACAGUGCCUGUCAUUGCUGCUAAGAAGCUGUUUUUGAAAUUUUGAAUGGAACUAUGAAUCAUAUAUCUUCACACAAAUCUUCCCUGCGUUCUGAAAAUAUGAAUUAUUAUUACUAUUGUUUUUGUGAUUUGUUUAUUUUUCUAAAGCAUUUGUAUGGUUUGCUAAACAAAUUGUUAGAAAAUUACAGCAUGGCAGCUUGACCAAUUGUUUAAUGUAAUCUUUGUUACAAAUAAUGAUGGAAGUAUACUUGGUUAACUUAAACUAACAAGUUAACUGAUUAUUCAAAUGCUGAAAACAAUGAAAUAUGGUGCUAGGUUAGUCUGUUCCUAACUUAACUGCAAAGAGAGUAUAUAUGAAGACCAUGUGUGUAUUGAGGACAGCAGUCAGUAAACUUUUAGCAUGAUCCAGAUGUGCCAAAGUACUACUAACUAUUGCCACAUCCAUCUUAUCAUUCAUUAUCUUUAAAACUGAAGGCCUGUGGGUUUAAAAGAAUGAUUUGAGGAGUUUGGUCAGAAACAGCAGGAAGUUGUCAAGUUAAAGAUGUUUUUCUCAUAAAAAGUAAUAUAAUUAAGUGUAAAUUUUAUUUAACUAAAAUAUAAUGUACUCAGAAAACAGAUAUCACUGAAUUGUGGAAGUCACAAAUACAGUAUUUGUUAAAGUGAUCUUCUCAAUAAGGUCAGCGUAUCUCCCAGACUUCAACAGGCCCUAGUAGCGUUCCAGACUUCAACAGGCCUACGAUUGUCGUAGCAUUACGGUUGAUUGUGGUAUGGGGUUUACACCUUGUGGCCCCAAACAAGUGAUUGUUCCUCUGGUUGAGGGAAAUAAGGUUUCACUGCAUUAAACAUGAUAAAGCAUACGACUAUAUGGAUAACAACUUCUUGUUUAUUGCAUAUGGCAACAUUUCAGUGGAGAUUCUGUAGAUUCUUACACUGUUUUCAAGCUAAAAGCGAAUGACUAUCAAACAAUAAUGCAUUAAGCUUGCCUGACAAAUUGAGUCAAUAAUCAUUCAUUGUGCAUGGUGCGUCUGAUGCAGCUUACACUUCUUAUGUCUUCAUGCAACAUUAAUCAUGUGGAGAGGAUCACUACAGGGGGAUAUGGAGGCUUUAGUGGUAGGAAGAAUAUGUUACAAGGAAUUUGGAUGUGUAAAUUGAGUAUUAUCGUUUUCUGAUAUAUGAUUCCCCCAUUCCUUUACUUGGGUCAUUUCUUUGAUGAAGUUAGGAAAUAAUGACAAUGUUAUGAAUAACAACUUCUCCUACUUUUUGAGUGUCUCAAUUGUACAGUCCUUGUAUCAGUAUCAAAACAUGGCACUCGCGAAAUAAAAGAAGUUGUCCAUAAAAAUUGUCUGUUCACGUGGGUGAGAUAAUCAGCAGUUCACAGGAGGGGGUCAGUUAGUAGUGUUUUUGUGGCGAUACAUGGAUAUUUGUGGCUCCUAAAAGUACCAAUUGUAAGUGAAGGUAUUCUCCAUUAUAGAAUAUUGACUUACAGAUGACAGUAUACAUCUUUGAUUACAAAAUUAUAUUCCCACAAUCAGGCUGCCUUCUUGACAGUGGCAGGUGAUUGCCGAUCAUGGGGGACGGGGGGUUAUCUUCAGAAUGUGUACAUAAUUUGUAACUUUUAUCACCAGAUGUUUCUUGACAUCUUAACGCUUUAACCUUGACUGGACAAUAAACUACAUGUAUUGAACUGA